UCAGUUUGGUAGUUCCAUAAGGGUGCGACUCAGAUUUUCCUGCGUUCCUUCAAAUAUCUGAUAUUCUGCCAACCCCACCGCCAACGUUGCUGUGGUAACGACCCUGCAGCUGGUCAAAGUCACGACUCCAUGACCAACUCUCCGAUCCACAUCGAAUUGAUCAAUAUAUCAUGUUGAAUUUUGCGGCUUGCUGUGGUUACAUACCCUCAUGGAGUUUUUUGUAAUGAUUAGACUUGGAUAAUACUAAAUGCACCUUUUCAGCUUCCAGAAUGGCCUCUUUACACGACAAACUCGAAUUGGUCAAAAGUGCACUUAGCUCGACAUCAACAAGCACCCCGGCGACGGUGUCUACCCUCAGCGACCUUUUGGCUCCGAAAACCGCGCCGAAUGGCCAGAAAGAUGCAAUUCCUGCUGCAGGAGUCGGACGGAAAAGGGCGGCUACCCAGACUGCUCAGAUAAAGCCAGGGAGGACGACAAGGCCGGCAACCAAGAAAACACUGCUAGAAUCCCAAAAGUCCGAUAGCCAUGAAGCAGAAGAAUUAUCUGCCAAAGAAAAGGCAAUCCUAGCCACCGAAGUUAUCAAUAUAACUCUCAAGACACUGAGCGCUGCUGCAACACCAUCAAACCAAGUACGAAAGCAGCCACAAUUGCGUGGAGACCUCGAGACGCCUGUUCGCAAAGCUCUACGAAGGUCCAACUCUCUUCCUCAAUCACCGCUCCACCCGCGGUCAUUGAAUAGAGUUGCCAGUUCCCCAAAUGUCGCAAACCGGCUGAUACGCUCUCCAUCCUCGUCCUCAACGUCAACAUCAUCGAUUGGUUCUGGUCCCAGAGCCGUCGCCGAAUGCUCGCGCAUUGCAUUCGCGUGCCUGCGGAUGCUGCAAUCUUCGAAAACACCAACUAUCGACUUGCCUCCUAUGCAAAUAGAAAACGGGAUGUCUGCGUUGGUGGGAAAAUUAAUAUUGCUGGGAUUGGACGACCUUGCGUUAAAGGAGCUACGGAUCUUAAAAAGGCGAUUGGAUGCUGCAUUCAAGCCAUCCGAGAAGCCCCGCGCGAAGAAAGAGACAGCCAAAGAUAUAUCCCCUUUGGUUCCAAGUUUGUCGCCGCUUAGGUUUGACGAGUUGCUUGAAUUCGAAACUGUGCCUAUCGAAGGGCCUUUGUUAAGCAUCGCCUUUACUACCCAGCUUCAGGCGCUCAAACUACUUACGACAUCAAAGAAACCGUCAGCAAUUAUAGCUGCUAUGCCCAAACUACAACCGGAAUAUCACUGCUCGCCGACUCAACUUCUGGUCCAAUCUUCCAAGAUUUCAUCCUCUCUUGCCACAAAAUCGGCACGACAGUUAGAGUCAUUGGCCCAGAUUAUACUUUCCUUGAGCCCAUCAAUCUCAUCCUCUGAGGAUACGGCUGCAGUUUCGCCAAAAUUGCACGUCGGCCCAGACGCAGCACUUCAACUUCAAACAAUUGCAUUUUCCACCAGGUACACAUGGUGGUCAAUCGCCGGCUAUAAGGGUGAUAUCGACAACGACAUUUUCGAGCCGUAUUCUCGAUGCAUGGCAGCCUUUACCAGACGAAGCCGAGGCCUAGCAGCGUCUGCAUACGAAUUUGCCCUGCAAUCAUACAACGCUCUUGUAGAUUUUACGUCUGCCCAAAAGAAAGGCCUGAAUAUUGCAACUGGCUCGCCACUAUAUGGGAUCCAUAAGCUUCUAGCGUCGCUGGCACAAGAUUUCGGAUGCGACGAUGAAGCCAUCCGAUGGGUUGAAAAGCUUCAAGGCUGCGAAAGUUCAUCCGAAGCUCAAAAGUGCGCCAUCGCGGCGAAACUGGUAGCGUUGAAGCUACGGACUGAUCCGCAGGAUCCUAUCAUAGAAGAGCUGCUUAUGACAGUAGUGCAGGGCCUGGAGUCAUCUAUAAAGGGAGAUGGCACAGAGCUUGACGAAUUAAUGACUGAGGUUUCCAGAGCAAGAAGAGCUGCAAUAAUGCUGGUGUCAAAAAAGCUGGGAGCAAAUGAUGAUGCGCCUGCAGCGAUAAACGAAGACCCGCGACAGUUAUGCGAGUCUUUGGUUCUCCAAUGCCCCCGAUUUUCACUCAGAUAUCUGGGCAAAGCUCCAGGCAAUGAAGCAUCAACAAAAGUCAUAGUUCGCUUCGAACAGCGACGCCACCACCUUGCUAGAAGUGUCCCCGGCACUGUGGACUCUGCGUUAUAUUUGGCUAAGGCCCUUCGAACCCAAGGUCGAUUGACUUGGGAGAUUAUGGACUCUCUUCUUCAGGACUGCCUAGCACUACUAGAGGCCGCCGACAUUUCCAUGCCUGACAGCAAUAACGAUUCGGACUUAACCCGCACCUCAUACUUUGCUCGGAUUUCGAAUUUAUAUUAUUCACAACAUCUUGAUAUGCGCCGAGAUGCCUCCAGCCCUAAGGAUGUCCAGAAUUUGCGGCCCCUACGUCGAUCGAUUGACUCGAUCCGUUCGAGGCCCGUAACGGAGAAAAAGGUAGCCGCAUUUACAGCAAAACUUGAACGCAUGGGGGACUUGCUUCGAUUUGCUGGACGUCUAGAUGAAGCCAGGGAUAUUAUUCUGCUUCUUCGAGACGAACUCAUCGCCGACGGUGCUUUGGCUCUUGUAGCAUCAGCGGCCUCGACCCUUCCCAUACGGGCUGCAUGGGACCAAACUGAGAGUACCUUGCUGCUUGCCCGAGCAUUUUACCUUUUAGUGAAGCUCAAGAAAAAAGCUCCUAGCACGCUUCAUGAUCUCUCACUCGACGAUGAAACUUGGGCCCCUGAGGAAAAAGGGGUUGUCUUUGAACACAUCCAGGAUAUCCUGUCUCGACAACCCGAAACCUCAUCCGAACUCCAGAAAGCUGUGUACAAGGAACUUACCACCAUAUAUGAUGCCAGAGCGUUUCCUAUCCGACGGCUCCGGGUUCUAUGCAAUUUUGCCCAAACGAAUCCCGACCAGCGCCGUGACAUUAUCGAGGAAGCGCGCAGUACGACAACUUUGGCAAGCGUUGAUUCAGUUGUUGCAAGCAGCAAUGAUUCUGGCCUCAACCAAUAUACGAUGCAUAUUCGGUCUUUAUUGACAAGCACGUUGGAGCUCAUGGAUGAUCAUCCAAGAAUAGACCUCAUCGAGCCACAUCUGGCAACCUGGUCCAGUAUUAUCGACAAAUGUAAAGACCAAGAAGCAUUAUCUCGGAAUAUUGAUAAUGUAGACAUCUUGCAGGGCCAUCUACAGUCUGUUGCCGAUUUCUUAGAUAUGAAGGGGUACGGCAAAAUGAGGGUUGCUGUUCUUCGAAUGAUUACCAACAUCGACGAAAUACCGCGCGGGUCAAACCCGGAUGAUAUCGUUCUUGAUUACUGUUUUUUGGCUAGCCAAUACUUGGAACUUGGAUACUCCGGGAAAGCUGGGCUUGCCUUGGACAAAGCUCAGUGCUUUGCCUCUUCUCAUGGAGUAACCCCGAGUGCAUCGAUACGGCACCUGGUUGGUUACGCCGAUUACUUGCUCAGGGUAGGGAACCUAGAAAAAUGUGACGAAACACUAUCUCGCGCCCAUCAAGUUGCGGAGCACGAAAACGAGACUACAAAUGGUAGCAAUGCGACAAGUUAUUCGGACAGGGAUGGGAAUGACCGCAUUAUAGCGGAUGCUUCCAUUGUUUAUUCGGAUCUCGCCCUCCAGCAAGGCAAACCACAGGAAGCUUUAAUCCAUGCGAAGCGAAGCUUAAGAAUAAUAGCCAGGGCGUGGAAGAGAGCAGAGAGGAACCAGGUGUCGCGAGUCAAGAGGAACCAAUCGGCUGAUGAUGCUGCGAUGGAAAAGCUGGUGGAAGAAAGCUCUAAUCUAAACUUAUCGACAACCUCGCCUGCAUUACCUCAAGCACAAAACACUGAUAUUGGGCCUUCGGCGUGGAUGCUGGCGCGACCAAUGUUUCGAUGCUUCGUACAUUUAUCACAGGUGUAUACCCACCACGGCAUGUUCCAGGACACCAUUUAUUAUGCCGAGCAAGCCCACAAAAUUGCCGUCAGCAUAGAUUCGACAAACUACAUAGUGGAGGCUCUGGCAUUGGUAGGCGGUGCUUGGUUGAAAGCGGGAAAUACUGAAAAGGCGACUGAGUUUCUUACGAAAGCUAAGGACCUGGCUUCGGUGCAGAAGGAGGCACAGACUUUGGUGGUUCUAAGUGGCAACCUCGGAAGCCUUCACAGCGUACAUGGCGACAAGACUGCUGAACUGGCUGCUUAUGGUGAGGCGGAACGUACACUUAAUUCGCUGACAAAUUCAACCUAUAUCAGCGACCUAGACCGGGUCUUUGAUGUCACAGUUAUACUACAGGCUGAGAUAUCAAGGCUAACAAUUGAUGAUACCAAGAAAAGGGGGAGGCCACAACGCAAAACGGUUGCAAAGGCGCCAGCGAAGAAAAGGGAAGCCGUCUCAAAACAGCGAGCAACUUCGCCAAUCUCGAUUGCAGAGCAGUGUGUCGGUCUAGUGUCUCUUAAGGGAGCUAUUUUACGUCAAAAGGCCAGGUCAUUUGCCCGAUGGAACCGUUUCGAAGACUCAUCGAUGGUUUUGGAGGAAGCUGCAGAAUACAGCCUCAGCUCUCUCGAUGCUAUUGAGACGCAUGUUGCUCAAGCAGAGUGUUUGUUCCGACAGAGCUCGGCAUUGCUGCCGGCCGACUCCGUUUAUUCUGUGCUUCAGGACUCAACAAUCUCGUUCCCGGCCGUUGUCGGCGCAAAGACGGCGUCUUUGGAGAGGGUAUCCGCCGUUCGCACUACGCCUCCAAAGAAAAACCAUAGUUCACCGCGCAAUGCUUCAUUACCUCGCGGGUCAGCUAUGUCUUGGGUGGACCCUCUGAAACAAGCCCACGAUCACCUGGUAGAAGCCUAUUCUACUGCGUCGCAAAUUUCGUCAACUCGGGUACUAACUCAAAUCGCAUCUUUCCUGAAUACAACGAGCCUACUUCUCUCAACUUACCACGGGCUCAAACUCAAGGCUUUCCAGCCGGGCGCUGUAGCAUCAGCAUUAGAGUUAGCAAAAGCAAUUGCGGUUCAACGGGAGCGAGAUGCCGUUAUGUCGGACGUAGACGCGGAAACAACCAAAGAGGGAGAUCUCCGAUGGCCAGUUAUCAAAACCGAAAGCCAUCAAAAUGAUAGCAACGGCCGCCUAGCGAUGCAGCAAGCUCGAUUCCAAAAAGAAUAUAUAGACAUCAUCCCAUCCGCCUGGAAAGUGGUAUCAGUCAUGCUUAGUGAAAGUCGGGAUGAGCUUGUGCUAGCUAAAUUCGAAGCGGGGCACUCUCCUUUUAUCCUGCGAGUACCCCUGGAGCGUAAUAGUUCACGGGAUGCGGAUGAAGAAGUUUUCGGCUUUGACCAGGGAAAGGCGGAACUCCAUGAAAUUAUCGACCUCGCCAAUGCUAGUGCCCAUGGAGGCCGUGAUGUCUCCGGCCGGGAGGGAAAGAUUGCGUGGUGGGCGGAGCGUGAUGAGCUAAAUGUAAGGCUCAAGGAACUCCUCGACAACGUUGAGAAGGUUUGGCUGGGUGGAUUCAAGGGGAUUUUCUCUCAACAUACAAUACAACCCGACUUGCUGGCACGAUUCCAGAAAUCAUUCCAAAAUACCCUAGACAAGUACCUUCCAUCUCGACAGCGGACGAACAAGAGGAAGAAGGCAAGCCCUGGAGUCACCUUGGACCCACGGAUUCUUGAGCUUUUCGUCGGGCUCGGAGACCCAUUCUCGGAGGACUGUGAUCUAGACGAGCCAUUGACUGACCUUCUCUACUUCGUCGUGGACAUUCUGCAAUUCCACGGCGAGCGCAAUGCAUAUGACGAAAUAGACUUUGACUCUAUGGUUCUCGACACGCUUGACGCGCUCCGUUGUUAUCACCAAGCCGUAGCUAACGCUGGCGUCGCAGAACAAAGUCACACGGUCCUGAUCCUCGACAAGUCUUUACAUUCUCUCCCCUGGGAGUCUCUCCCGUGCAUGGAAGGCCAGGCCGUAUCAAGACUCCCAUCCAUGGGCUGCCUCCGCGACCGAAUCCUAAGCCAGCAAAAGAAGGUGGCAAUGGAGGGGCGGCCAGAUGGCACAUAUAUCAACCGCAGCAAAGGCAGCUAUGUCCUCAACCCCGGCCAAGACCUCAAAACCACGCAAGCCACCUUUGCAAAGGGCCUUCAAAAACUCGACGACUGGAGCAGCGUCGUCGAGCGCGAGCCCGCGGAGACUGAACUGAAAGGCAUGCUCGCCAAUGGCGACCUGUAUCUGUACUUUGGCCACGGCAGCGGCGCGCAGUACAUCCGCUCUAAGACGAUCAAGAAGCUCGAGACGUGCGCGACGACGUUCCUGAUGGGCUGCAGCAGCGCUACCCUCGUUGAUGUGGGUGAAUUCAUGCCCUACGGCUCGCCGAUGAGUUAUAUGAUUGCUGGUGCGCCGGCGGUGGUGGGCACGCUGUGGGAUGUGACGGAUAAGGAUAUCGAUCGGUUUGCGAAGGGCACGUUUGAGUCGUGGGGGCUGUAUGGUGGGGAUGCGGCUGUGGCGGUGGAGAAGGCGACGAAGAUGCCGGGGAGGGGGAGGAAGAAGGUCGAGCCGGUGGUGGUGGAGAGGGAGAGGGUGAGCUUGGUUAAGGCGGUGGCGGAGGGGAAGAAGGCGUGUCAUUUUAAGUACCUUACUGCGGCGGCGGUGGUGGUGUAUGGUGUUCCUGUUUAUUUCGAGUAGAGGGGUGGUGCAUUUGGGGUGGUUUUGGUGUUUGAAAGGGGGAUUCAUUGCUGGAGUUGCAUUUUGGUGGCGUUUGAAGCGUCGCAGAGCGGUUACGAUUGUUAUAAUCUAUAAAUGCUAAUUAGAUUUUAUACUGAUUCUGGUGUGUGCGAUUUGGCUGUGAAAAUGAUGUGACAGGCUAUUUAUUAUCUUAACAUGACUUGCUCGGCCAAUGCAGUCUCUCUUUUGGGCGGCAUAGGUGAAGAUCGGGAUGCAUAGGGGCGUAAGGCUGGCUGUGCGUGAAGCAUUGCACAAUAAUGCCAACAAGCCGCACACGUAGGAUUAAUAAUAAGCAAAUCCCAUCAUACUGUCCGAGACGGAUUAUCUAAGCUGGAAUAUCCAUUAAGUUACGAGUCGCCCAAUCCCUAUGGAAGGAAUGGAAGGAAGCGGGGAAAGAGCAGCUUAUGCAUGGGAUAGUGAUAUCAUAGGAUCACAGGAUAAUUAUCUGGCAACUGAUGAUGAUGGGGAUCUGCACGAAUGAAUGGCUGUGAUAGCGUAGUGGCGGACAUAUUUGUGAAAAUUGGGGGUGCAGAACUACGAGGGCAUCUCUGUGGUGGUGGCGUGGGGACGAGUGGAUGGAUGGCGGGUUGUGGUUGCGUGUAUCGGGUUGCGCGCGCGUGUUGUUGUUGUCGUCGUCGUCGUCGCCGCGGGGGUUCAUAGAGUAGUAGUUGUAGAUUAUAGAUAUUGUCCAUUGCUUUGGAUUUUCUUGUAUAUAUCUCUCUCUACCUGUCGCCAUUGCUGACCUCGUCGCCGUCGUGAUCUGCUCUUUUUGUGUUGAGUUCCUCCUGGUAUCCGCUGAAGCCACAGAGAGACCCCACGUCGAAUCACCAACACGACGAAACCAGCUCGACAUUCCAAGCCCUUCAGGAGCUGGAAGCUGGUCUUGAUUGCAUUGAAGCUUCAUAUAUUUUUUCGGGUUUUCUCUCAGAUUCACCAUCAUUCUACACAAGACGGGAGAUAUUUGCAGCAAUUGCCGCCGGUGAUCACUGGUAUUUCGAAUGGUAACUGUUGGAAGGUGAAAGAAGCUCUCUCCCCACAGCCCACAGGGACGAAAGUCGGACAACGCUCGGACACGGCUUGGACAGCUCGACGAGGACAUCUUUUUUCUCCGAAAUUAUACCCAAGGACGUCAAGAAUAUAUUUCUGUUUUAAUUCAUUCGACUGUGCUGUACUGCUGUGGUUCAGUGUAUCAUCUUUUUGGUGCUGUUGGUCUGUUGGUCUGUUGGU